GACUGCGCUAUGUUUACCCCAAAAUAUGGCUGGCUGCUGGAUGACGUAGCUUGCACAUCCUCAGGCGUCGCUGCUUACCCAGUGUGCUCAAGAUCUUCAACGGAUGGUUUAUGCGCCGUUCCAUACGACCUGGUGGGCACGCAGUGCGUUCACCUUCUGCCAACAAGUUACAACUUUACCGAUGCACGCACCGCGUGUGGGUCAACCGGAGGAGAUUUGAUAAUUCUAGAUGACUGCGAACAGUACAGCAGGGUUAUCACAUACGUCAUGGAGCAAGGACAAGCCUACAGCCCUCUUGGAUAUUGGAUCGGUGGCUCGGAUAAAGUCUUAGAGGGACAGUGGCGCUGGAUAGACGGCUCUCCAAUGGCAAUGGGGCUGCCAUACUGGGCGAAUGCUGCUGUAGGCGCUCCAGAGCCCGACAACCCCGGCGUGGAGAACUGCCUGGAGCUGAGCACCCUGUGGAUGUACCGCUUCUCCAACACGCUAUGCUCCGACUCCAGACGCGUGAUCUGCGAGGCACAGCCCCUCUAG